AUGGCCUGCCCUAUCACAAUCGCCAAAUUUGUUGGCAUGAUCUCGAUUGGCAUAUCAACCGGUCUCUCGUACUCAGUCUCAUCCAUUACUCUGCCUGCUCUUCAAGGGCUUCCCACUGCUUCCGUUGCCGCCCAGGCCCUGACAGAUAUCCAGUAUCGGGCUCGCAGGACUGCCUUGACCCUUUCGCACAUCACUGUGAUCACGCUUCUCACGGCAUUCAGCCUCUCGUCCCCUCGUCGACGACACCCUUACCUCCUCUGGACCACCGCAUUCUCCCUCCUCGGCGGCCUCGGAUUGGAGCUAUAUACCAACCAUCCUGCCUUCAUCCAAGGCACCGAAAGCGCCCGCACCAGCACUUGCGGCUCCUAUCUAUCUUCAAUAUGCGGCGGCUCUAGACCUGGCGAAGCUCGCCCAUCCUGUUGCUGUGUGGGGUCUUUCCUGAACCGCCUAUUUGGAUCUGCACCUAAGCCAGCUAUCCCCGAAAAGAAGGCUGAAGACGAAGAGUCGCUCGCGACAUCGAGUGAAAUUGAGCUUGUCGAACCCCCAUCUGAGGCAGAGUCCGUAGGAACUGCUCGUUCAGCUGAAAAGCCGUCACCCGCAAGCUCGAUAGCAGACAUCAACGGCGAGGUUGUAGAAGCCUCGAUGAAGAUGGAACGCAACUUACAUAAGCUAAGGACCUAUAUCCUUGGUAUCGGCUUUUCCAUGGGUGUGAUUGGCAUCUGGGGCGAGCGAACGAAAUAG